AUGAAGUUCGCCAAAGUGCUCGGUGUAGUGUGUGUGGUGGCGCUGGCUCUGGCCAAUGCGGCACCGGUGGAAGUGCAAGAGAAAGAGUUGCGACCGGCGGAAGCUGUGGAUGGGGCGGCGGCCCAGACCGAUGAGGUGGUGGCCGUCGCGGCGGAGGUGACCCAGGACGCGGCCGUCGAGGAAGCGCUGGACCAGGGCAACCAAGUGAGCAGCUUCGCGCCGGAGGAUGCGGCCGACGGUGAGGCGGACGAAGGUAGUGAGAUGAGUGCUAGUUCCCGCGCCAAGCGUUCAGUUGCAUGUACCGAACUCUUAGGCGAUGAUGGCGUGACGCGGACGGUUUGCGACCAGGACCAGGAUGCGGAGAGCAGUGACAGUGCGGUGGCGUUCGAGCGAUCGUACGGUGGGCACGGGGGCCAUCACGGUGGUCACGAGUACGGGCAUCACGAGGCGAAGGGGCACGGACACGGCCACGGAGGGCACAUGGAGCACGGCGGGUAUGGCGGCCAUGGAGGAGACCACAAGGGCUACGGAGGCCACGAGCAUAAGGGAUACGGACAUGGCGGAGGCCACAAGGAGCACAAGGGUUACGGAGGCCACGAGCAAAAGGGCUACGGACAUGGAGGUGGCCACAUGGAGCACAAGGGUUACGGAGGCCAUGAGCAUAAGGGAUACGGACACGGUGGACACAUGGAGCACAAGGGUUACGGAGGCCACGAGCAUAAGGGAUACGGACAUGGUGGAGGUCACGAGCACAAGGGCUACGGAGGCCACGAGCAUAAGGGAUACGGGCAUGGUGGACACAUGGAGCACAAGGGUUACGGAGGCCACGAGCAUAAGGGAUACGGCCACGAGCAUAAGGGCCAUGGAGGCCACGAACAUAAGGGAUACGGUGGACACGAGCACAAGGGUUAUGGAGGCCAUGAGCAUAAGGGAUACGGACACGGAGGGCACAUGGAACACAAGGGUUACGGAGGCCAUGAACAUAAGGGAUACGGUGGACACGAACAUAAGGGAUACGGCGGUCAUGAACACAAGGGCUACGGACAUGGAGGUGGCCACGAGCACAAGGGAUACGGACAUGGAGGUGGCCACGAGCACAAGGCUUACGGACAUGGCGGUCAUAUGGAGCACAAGGGAUACGGUGGCCACGAACACAAGGCCUACGGUCAUGAAGCGCACGGACAUGGUGGCCACGGUGGCCACGGCGGAUACGGCGGACACGGCGGACACGGCGGACACGGUGGACAUGGUUACGGACACGAGGCCCACGGUGCCCACGGUGGGUACGAGCACAAGAAGAUGCACUACCGGUCCGCCAGCUACACGGCACCCGCCGCGCAUCACGAACCGGCCCACGGUGGGUACGGCGGUCAUGCAGCCCCAGUGAAGUGCGGAUCCAACCUGCUGGUCGGCUGUGCCCCGACCGUCGCGAAGGUUCCCUGCCAGCCAGUGCACGACCAUGGCUACGGUGGACACCAUGCUGCGUCGGAGCUGUCGUUCCGCUUUGCCGCGCCGGAGCCCGAGCCGAAGGAGGAGCAGAAGGAAGAAUAA